UAUCACGCAAUCAUUCAUCCGCUUCGGGAGACAUCGGAUGUCGUCGAAUGGCUUCGGAGUAACAAAUGGUUUCUCAUUUCCAUCCUAUGGUUGGGAGGGAUGGGUGUCGGGGCCGCACAACUGGUCUACUCGCGGGCCCUGCCCUUCACGUACGGCACCGACAACUUCUACGAUUGCCGCGAGAUAUGGGACGAUUACUGGGGCCGCACCUACACUAUAGUCAUAUUUGUGGCCACAUUUGCGUUGCCGCUCACUAUACUUGUGUUCGUCUACUCGUCCAUUGGUUUCCACGUCUGGCGUCACGUCAUACCCGGCAAUGAAGACAAACAGAGGGACGACACCCAACGGAAUCGUAAGGAUAAGUUG